AUGAUGCUAAGUAUCUUGGUGGUGGAUAUGGCGGCAAUCCAGGCGGAGGAUAUGGAGGCUACCCAGGUGGUGGAUAUGGAGGAAACCCUGGUGGAGGGUAUGGAGGAUACCCAGGUGGUGGAUACGGAGGAAACCCUGGUGGUGGCCGUGGGGGCGGAGGUUAUUGAUAUUAUGGUUGUGGACGUUGGUGCUGCUCUUACGCUGUUGAGAUCGUAUCUAUAUGUCUGCGUGUUUGUUUAA